UGGAUAUGGGUACAACCCAAAUCCAAGGAUUAAAGACCCAACCUAUCAAACUCUACCCAUUUACCUUGUAUUUGGGUUCAUACCCAACCCUAUCGGAUUGGAUAAGAAAAUAUCCAUGGAUUUUGUUAGAAUUGCCACCCUUGGUAGGGUUGCAUGCAAAAUGCAAGAAGAGACGGCACUAGAAGAGGAGAGCAAAUUGGUAUAUAAACUUUUGUGGGUGUUAUUUUGUUCCGUCCUAGCUAAGACUUAUAAGAGUUGGAAUUACUUUGGUUUUACUUUUAUUUUUUAAAAUUAUGGCGGAUAGAAGCUUGGAGACGAUCAUCUAAUUCGAGCGCUCAAUCAUUCAAAUUGAUAUCCGACCGUCAGAUUCUCAAAAGGAAACAAAAUCCCUCAACUGGGCCAGGUUGGCGACCAUUUCUGUUGGACUAACCUACUUGAUUUUAUUUUAACAACACUAAAAUUAUGCUUUUUUAAAAAAAGAAAUUUUUCUAUAGUUUCAAUCAUUUUAUCUCUUUCUUUUUCUUGUUUAUAAUUUUUUUCCCUUGUGCUGUUACAUGUAAAAGUCAAGAUGUAAUAUAUAUUUUCCUAGUUAUAUCUAGUAGCAUAUCAGCAUUUUUCCACCCUUGUCCCAUGGAUGCUAUCCGACAUCACUAGACUAUUUUGUUGCUAGAUAUCUGACCUACCCAUUUCUGUUCCUGUUGAAAACAAAACACCAUAGGAAAAUUGACCAUUGAUCAUAGAAGAAAAAAACAUAGAGGCAUAAUACAGUUUACGAAGGACACACCAUUUUCCGUUAAUAGAACGAUAACUGCGGGUUGAUUGAAUUAGUGAAGCCAUCCUUCAAUGAUCGAUAAUCAACUUUUUCCCCAAAUAACUUCAAAACGUUAAUCUCUUGUACUCUUUUUGUUUCCGGUAUAGUCUAAUUUUUGUCAAUCGUUCCUAAUUAAAACAAUAAUAGAAACGAGCUUAAAUUGUAUGUAUGUAUAUAAACCAUGGCGUUCAGUAAUUUCCGGCUUUGCAAGUUUGCUCUUCGUUUGCUAAAUUUGUAAGCCAUCCAAUUCCCUCUGUUUGCCAUUGCCCCUUGCCGAUGGGGGGCGCGUCAUCGCUUCCAUCAGUCUGCCUCAUGUUUUAUCAGGAAAAAUAGGUGAAAUUUUCUUUGAGCUCCCGUUGCUUACUUCUCCUCAGGCUCCGUCAAAAUUUGCAAUGGGAGCCUGUUGUAGCACUGAGAUCCAUUUUGGACCUGAAGAAGCUGAGGACCCAAAAGAGCAAAAUGAAUAUGACGUCGAGAGCAACGCCGGUGAUGAUGAUGUCUUCGUCGGCGAUGAUGGUGCUCGCAUUCGCCUCCAUGGAGCAUCCAAAUUCAUCUCCAUGUUCACGCAACAAGGGAAGAAAGGGGUCAAUCAAGAUGCCAUGACGGUCUGGGAGGAAUUUACGGGGGAUAAAGGAAUGACAUUGUGUGGUGUGUUUGACGGGCAUGGGCCUUAUGGUCACAAGGUAUCAAGAUAUAUUAGGGACAAUCUGGCAUCAAAGCUGUCGUCGGGGAUUAAAUCGUUGCAGCUUAAUAACUUGGAUAGCAGCGACAUUAGUCUUAGCAGCGAUGGGGAUAGUGAUCACGAGGCUAGCAACCCAAAAGAUGCCAAAGGUUCCUUUCUCUUGUCCUCUGCGGAAACCUGUUUGAUGAAUUGCUUCAAAGAGAUGGACCAAGAACUCAGCCUCGACGCAAGCAUUGAUAGCUACUGCAGCGGUGCCACUGCUGUUACUGUAAUUAAAAAGGGAAGGCACUUGUUGAUUGCAAACUUGGGAGAUUCUAGAGCGGUUCUUUGCAGCAGGGGAAACAAAAACCAGCUAAUCCCAGUCCAACUCACCGUGGAUUUGAAACCCAGUGUCCAAAGCGAAGCGGAAAGAAUUAAGAAGAACAAUGGCAGGGUAUUCGCCAUGGAAGAAGAGCCUGAGAUAUUUAGAAUAUGGAUGCCUGAUGAAGACUGCCCUGGUCUGGCCAUGGCAAGAGCAUUUGGAGAUUUUUGCCUUAAGGAAUACGGCCUCAUCUCGACCCCUGAAGUCUCUUACAGGAGGCUCACAAACAAAGACGAGUUCGUGGUCCUAGCCACCGACGGAAUAUGGGACGUGUUGACGAACGAGGAGGUGAUAAACAUUGUCGCAUCAGCAAGGAAGCGAUCAAUGGCGGCAAAAUUACUGGUUAAAUACGCGGUCCGUAUGUGGAGAAUGAGACACCCAGGCAGCAGAAUUGACGAUUGCGCGGUGGUAUGCUUAUUUCUAAAGAGCAAAACGAUAUUGACGAGGUCAUUUUCAGAGGUAAGCCGGGUGAGCGCCAACCACACAGAACUAACAGAAAACUUCUCGGAAGUUAGUAGAGCAAGUGUUCAUCACUCGGAAAUUGCAGCCGUGCCGCAAAAAUCCAGAACCGUGAGGCAACAUGUGGGUCGCCCGCCUGUGGCUGUGGGACAUGAUCACACUAAUAACACUAGCAAUAGCAUCUCAGAGUCUCAGCAAGGCAGUGAUGGAGUGGCAGCCUGCAGCCCUGGAAUGAGCAGACCGGACUCGUUCGCAGUGGCGUCUUCCACAGGAAAUGGAUUAAGCCAAAGAAGAGCAGUGAAAUCAAUAGAGCUUGUUGAAGCUUAACCCAGUAAACCAAAACCCCUUUGUUUGACCCUUUCCCCCAUUUUUAUGCUCUAAAUUUAUUUAAUUUUCCUCAGAUCCUGAGGACUGGCAACAAUUUGGCUCAGGGGGUAUAUUUUUAGAGGAAAAAAGGAAAAUGUAUACAACAUUUUUUGCAAUCCGUAUUAUUUUUGGUUGCAAUUAGUGAAAGAAGCAAGCAUUCCCGAAGCAUUGGGCAUUUCCAUCUCGCCACCGCCAACCACUUAUUUAUGGCAUAUGAUUUUUUACAAUGGAGCUUUGGCAAAAGUGCUUAGAGUCUUCAUGCACCCAGAGACCUGCCUGCCACUAUCCUCAAAGGCACAAUGCUCUCGUUGACAUACAACUCUUCCCCAUUUAGUACCCGACAAGAUAAUGAGCUCGUGAAAGUUUAGGUUCUUUUGAUCAAAGUCGCGCAGUCAGUAUAGAGGUAGGCUCGAACAAUAUAAGGUAGAAGCUCGACCAAUUGGGAGAAGGCUUGAACAGUAUACGGUAGAAGCUCGACCACAAUCUGACGGAAUACUCAACGCGAUUAGAAUCCACCAGCGACGAUAGCAAAAUUUAAGAGUAAAAACUCAAUGAACCAAAAAGGGAUUUUUAAAUAUCAUAAGUCUACCUGUUACAAUAACCCUCAACUCCUUAUAUAGUAUGAUCCCAAAAUAAACCUAAAACUAAUGCAAAAACAUCACUUAAAAAAUAAUUAAUUGAACCCUAUACAUAAAAUAAACAAAACACAGCCACAACAAACGUCUUCAAAUUCCCCUAUUGUGCAUCUGCAAUUCCCCUGUUGUGGAUUAGCAACCUCAUAAUAGGAGGUCCUUCUGAUCUCAUUCCCCUAUCACAAACCUCAGAUCCCCUAUUGGGAAUUUUAAUCCACCUGAUAGGGGAUUUUUUCCUGAUCACCAUACAAUCUUUAGGCUGCUGGUUUGGUGUCCACGAAGCUUCCAUCUUCUCAUCCAACGCCUUUAUUAUCUUUAUCAAGACUUAUACUAACAUUCUUAACACCUAUCAUCCCUAUAAUGUCUCCCAGACAAAACGAGUAAGCUCCCAAAGUAGGUACUACAGACUGUUUUCCAGACUAUUCCAAAUUUCCAGCUUCUUCCCUUGACUUGGUUUCUUCUUUGAACAUCAAAGGGAAUGGUUUUGGGCCACUAUCUAGGAUCACAUCAUUCUCGAACACAUACCCAUACUUAGUCAAAUUCCGCAUUUGAUUCAGUUUUGACUAUGUGUCAAUCGAAAUUUGAGAACCUUCGUUGAGCCACCAAAGGGCUCACUCUCCUUCUAUCAAAGCAUGGUCGUCAUUCUUCAACACUUGUACUUUUACGGCAAAGCCUUGGUUACCUUCGAACAGCCCCCACGAAGCAUGUGCAUCUUCCUAAAGUUGGCAACGAAGGCUGUUUAUGGACUUAACAAAAAAAAAAUCCCUUUUUAUUCUGUGAUUGCUUGCUUCUCUAAGAUGACUUAUGACCUUCAAUUGGCUUGCUUCUAGGGAUUGCAUCAAUACUUGUUUCUCUAUAAUAUUACAAAAUCCACAGAAAGAACUUCCUUAAAAUGGGUAAAUUUUAAUAAUUUCAAUUGCUAGGAGAAUAAAAAAUAUCCAUCCAUUAAAAUUUGAUUUGAAGAUUGCAUAAACUCAUCUAGGUCGUGUAAGAACUUAUUAGGUCUCAAUAACUCCUUGUUAGGUCUCAAUAACUCUCGAAGUGAAAAAAACACUGAAUUUUUGGUUGUGACAUAUGAGGCAUGGCGAUGCGACAGACGCAGUUCAAAGCACGAAAUAACCUCCAAGAAAGAAGAGGGUCUACUAAUGAAAUGUGUCCCUACUC